AGAAGUUUGACCUCACGGAGUUGGAAGCCCUGAGCAGGCGGUGGGACCUCUGGUAUUUCAGGAAGUACAUCGAGAGGCAGGUGUACACACAGGAGCUCAACGAGAGGGCGUGCUACUUCAUCUGCAUGACUUACAUCACCGCAAUGCCUCAAAUCCGAAGGUACUUCGACCUACGCUACUUCUACGUGGAAACAGUGGAGUACGAGAUGGGAUAUGCCAUUUACGACAUCGUGUACAGAUACCAGAUGAUGCUUGAGAUAUACCAGAUUAUGUACAAUAAGUACUAUAUGCAGCCAUGGCGUUACAAGACACCAAUAUCGUACAUGUUCUAUAUGUAUCGGAACAUGUUAGAGUACGGCAUGACCAUCAUACAUCUGUGUAACAUGCUUCACGAGACCGAGAAGAAAUUCCAAGGGAAGGCUCUUGGGCAUUGGGACGACUAUCCUGAUUCAAACGAGCAGGAGAAGACCAAGGCCUCCAACUUCACAAGAGACAAAAAUAAGGCAGUGAGCGACUACGAGAAACGCCGAGAACAAGAAAGAAAGAAGAGACUCAAAGAAAGGAAGAAGGAACGUAAGAAGAUUGACAUAGGAUUCACUCGGACUACUCCACAAAGGCGGCCUAAGAAGAGCGCCAUCUAG